AUGCACUCCUUCAUCCCAUUAGUUUUUCUUGUCGCCAUGAUGGUUGUCAGGCUUGAAGCUAGCUCGUAUGCCAAGUGCCUCAACGGGAAAUUUCCUCAACCGGUCUGCAGGCGGCAGGCUACCGGUUCUACUCCGGAGUCACUUGUCGGAAUUACCGCUGUGUUUCAGGACUCUUUCACCUGCUCCGCAAAUAAGAAUGACGCCAAACCGUGGAAGUGUUGUGAUGACACUACGUUUGCGAUUGGCACCGUUAGAUACGAUAUCACGGAAUCACUCAAAUAUUGUCAAACCGCCACCCCGGUCUGA